CUGGGUGCAGAACCGUGCAUUAGCUCUGAUUUUGAAUCAGAAGCAGAAGCUUUGAAGCUAGCCAGCCAGUAAGGGACUUGUUAGGCAGUUGACGAGUGAUCUUGAUUUGAAUAGGAAGCCUCUGUUAAAGGGGGUGCAGCUUCUGCUACACAUUGUGAACUUCUGAAUCACUUGGUUUGGUUCUGCUUUUGGCCACUGGGAAAACCCAGGCAUAUCCAAACCAGCUUUCCAUUUUGCUUCAGGACAUAUAGUCCCCAAGCCUGCACUAUGGAGAAGUGGGACGGGAAUGAGGGCACCUCAGCUUUUCACAUGCCUGAGUGGAUGAUCCAGUUUGCUGACCAGAAGCAAGAAUUCAACAAACGUCCCACCAAAAUUGGACGUCGCUCUCUGUCUCGUUCUAUUUCUCAGUCAUCUACUGACAGCUACAGUUCAGCGGCAUCAUAUACAGAUAGCUCUGAUGAUGAGACAUCUCCCAGGGACAAGCAGCAAAAGAACUCUAAGGGAAGCAGUGACUUCUGUGUCAAGAACAUCAAACAGGCAGAGUUUGGACGAAGAGAAAUUGAAAUUGCUGAACAAGAAAUGCCGGCCCUGAUGGCUUUGAGGAAGAGAGCUCAAGGAGAAAAACCUUUGGCUGGAGCCAAAAUUGUGGGCUGCACACACAUCACUGCUCAGACUGCUGUGCUCAUGGAAACUCUGGGUGCUCUGGGAGCUCAGUGCCGAUGGGCCGCCUGCAAUAUCUAUUCCACUCUCAAUGAAGUGGCUGCUGCUUUAGCAGAAAGUGGAUUUCCUGUCUUUGCCUGGAAAGGAGAGUCAGAAGAUGACUUUUGGUGGUGCAUCGAUAGAUGUGUGAAUGUGGAGGGCUGGCAGCCAAACAUGAUCUUGGAUGAUGGAGGGGAUCUAACUCACUGGAUUUAUAAGAAGUAUCCCAACAUGUUUAAAAAAAUCAAGGGCAUAGUAGAGGAGAGUGUAACUGGAGUUCAUAGGCUGUACCAGCUAUCCAAAGCUGGGAAGCUGUGUGUUCCAGCCAUGAAUGUGAAUGACUCAGUCACCAAACAAAAAUUUGACAACCUCUACUGUUGCCGUGAAUCUAUUCUUGACGGACUUAAAAGGACAACAGACAUGAUGUUUGGUGGAAAACAGGUGGUGAUCUGUGGCUAUGGAGAGGUGGGGAAGGGGUGCUGUGCUGCCUUGAAAGCCAUGGGCUCCAUUGUGUAUGUGACUGAGAUCGACCCCAUCUGUGCUCUUCAAGCCUGUAUGGAUGGAUUUCGCCUGGUGAAAUUGAAUGAGGUCAUCCGACAAGUGGAUAUUGUUAUUACCUGUACAGGUAACAAGAAUGUGGUAACCAGAGAGCACUUAGACCGGAUGAAGAAUAGCUGCAUUGUUUGUAACAUGGGACAUUCCAACACAGAGAUUGAUGUGGCGAGUCUGCGGACACCAGAACUGACCUGGGAGCGAGUGAGGUCCCAAGUUGACCAUGUAAUAUGGCCUGAUGGCAAGAGGAUAGUAUUGCUGGCAGAGGGCCGUCUGCUGAACCUAAGCUGCUCCACAGUGCCUACAUUUGUGCUCUCAAUUACCGCUACUACUCAGGCUCUUGCCUUGAUAGAGCUUUACAAUGCUCCUGAGGGUCGCUAUAAGCAGGAUGUCUACCUGUUGCCCAAGAAAAUGGAUGAGUAUGUGGCCAGCCUACACCUGCCCACCUUUGAUGCCCACCUGACAGAGCUGACAGAUGAGCAGGCCAAGUAUCUGGGACUCAACAAGAAUGGGCCCUUCAAGCCUAAUUACUACAGGUAUUAAGUUCCUGUAACUCAAGCCAGAAGAAGUUUUAAGGAAUAGAACUCCAAGCCUUUUCUCCACUCCUACACAGGAAGGAACCCAGCAAGCUGCUUCUCUAAUCAGCUGCCCGCCGUGCUCACCUUAUAUGUUAGAUUAUUUAUUUAUUAAAAUCUAGAAUCCUGUGCCUGUCGCCUUGGCCCAGAGUGGUUACUGCCCCGAGGGCUGUGAGAGCCGCAGAGGACAGGCUGAGGAAGGGAAGAAAUGGGUAACCAUUCCCAGUGCAUCUUUUGCAUUAUUCCCUAUUGACUGAAGCCUUAGCAGUGGUCACCUUCUCUUGUUCAGGCUCAGGAGUGAGUCCCGGGAUUCCGGACUCCUUGUUUCCUGGGGUUUUCUGGGAUACAUUUUCAACAGCUGCUUUUCUCAGCUUUGGUUUGUCCCCAGAUAAGGCUGUUUGGAAGCCACUGUAUUAACAUGGCCUGGGUUCCCAGCCAUCAUCAUUGUCACUGCCUUCUUUAUAAAAUGGUUGGAAAGGAUUGUUACAGCUUUGGCAAGCGGCACCAAGAACUCAGCUAUGCCUGUGCUUACUGGAACUCCUUUAUCCAGGACUCCUUUCUUCUCAAGUACUUAUGUCCAUUUUAACGCUUUCUGGUUCCAAGAGGAAUGUGCUUCCAUUAUUUUCUCAGCAUCUCUGAUAUUUGUCAGACAUAUGUUUUGCCAUCUUUCUAACCCAAACUGCCCUCUCUCUGCUCAGGAAGUGGGAGGCAGCCCUACUGGGGCCCAUGGUUGUACUUCCUUGUCAUUUAACUGGAUAGUUUCCCAGGAAGCUCCCUCCAAAUUGACACUGUCUCAGAAAUGUGGAACAUUGCUUCCUGAAACUUCCUUUUAUUGCCUAAAACUGCUUCUGAAACUGAGCAGGGAAAGGCAUACUCUCCAAGGGAUUUGGAGUGUAUGGCUUUGGAAAUGGGACAGGUCUUUCAGGCCCACAGCUUGACACCCUAAAGAAGCAGAAUGUAUUUAUUUGUCUCCUGGGAAGAUCUUUGCAGCUUAACUAACUGUACAGAGAUGACACUGUAAACUGUGUCCAGAUGGUCAAAGUCAGGUUGAAUGUCAUUGGACAUUCAGCUGUCAAUGAAACUGAAAUUUACUGUCUCUAAUUUAGUCUGGUAUUUCUUCUUUGUUAGGGUAUCUUUUUAUGUUCUGGCCUUUUCCAUCUUAGGGGCCUGUGUUUCAGAAGUCAUUUCUUGAGUAACUCCAACAUUACAAACAAUUAGUAAUGUGAGCAGCCUGAAAUUUUAUGUCCCACCUAAGAGUUUGAUUCCUUUUGGAGACAGACCUAUUGGUCUUAGGGUUCCAGUGGAACCAGAUUAGUUGUAAGAGUUAAAGUCUAGAGUGGCCCUACAAAUCUUGAAUGAACUGAGUCCCCUUUCCCCCUUCCAACCCUAAUUGGACUCUCAGGUUUGUUUGUUUUCCUGUUUUGUUUUUUUCCUAUCCUGGUCUGCCUCAAAGAGUCAAGACCAAGGUGACUCAAGAAAACACCAGACCACCCAGGGUCACUGUAACCUUCCCACUCUAAUUCUCCUCCCCAACCUCCACCUGCUCCAACUUACCCUGCUCUUCACCUACACCCUCUGGAAGUGAUCUUCCUUUUGGAGGCAGGGAGGUGGACCUUAGGUAAAUGACCGUUUGCUUCAUUAGAUACUAUAUAGGCUCAGCCAUAUGGUCUGAUUACUCAAAGGCCGUAUGUCUUAGCAAGCACUGGAAAAAAGCCACAUACAUGGCUAUAUUCUUUCAUGAAGAAGGUCAUAAAUGCUGAAAAUUCCACAAGGCUAUUUAAUUUUUUCAUUUGCUUACCCAGUUCUGAUUUUUGUAUUAAUUAAUUGGACCCCUUUUGCAAAAGAUUUCGAUUUUUGUACUUUAUCUUAUAUCUAGAGAAAAUUCCUUAGGCAGAUAUCUGGACUCUGGCCUAUUAUGUUCUUAGGCCAAAAGUCAUAACCUGCUGUUUCUCAGCAAAGCCUGGCUCUCUAUGGAACUUCCUUUGUGCUGAUCCUGACAGAACAAGCCCUUCCAAAUGAAAAAGGAGCCACACUGGGCUUCUAGGUUACGUUGCUAGUGUUGCUGCCCAUAAUGAGGUAUUUGCCUCUGAGUUCCAGAUGACUUCUUUCUCUCUGGGGAUCCUGUGUCAUCAAUCAUUGAGAAGAAGGAGGCACAAGCCUCCUGAGAAUUUGGGUUCUGCCUUAGUUGGAAUUUGGUCAUUAUUCCCUCUACCCUUGGAAUCAGAGCAAAUGUGUCUUCUUCCCUCAAGCUCUCACCUAGAUGCAUCCUAGGUAUCUGGAAGCAUGGGAAAGAAAACUAAUUAUCUCUUUAUGCGGCCCUGGCCUGUGGGAAUACUUACCAUUUUCCCUAUGAUGAAUUUGUGCUAGUUUUCAAGGUCUUUUUUGUCUUCUUAAUGAAAAAAUUGUUUUCCUUCUCUCUUCUUUUUUUUUUUUUUAAAGAAACGUAUUUGGUCCACCUUCCCUCUGCCCUCCUACCUCCUCAUCCUAUCCUCCCAUAUGAGCACGGCUCCCAUGGCCAUAUACUCCUGCAAAGCUUUUUUGCUGCUUGGCUUUUCUCUGAACAGAUCUAAAAUCGCUGCUCCUAUGGUUUUUUCAGAAUUAACUUUGUCACAGUUUUAAAAAAGAAAUUCGAAUGCAUUGUUGCAUUAAGCUUUUUUUAAUUAAGGAAAAUUAUUGAAAGAAAAUAGGCAACACCAGCAAAUCAUAUAUGGACAAGUUCUAAGCUAUAUAUACAUACAUAUAUAUAUAUAUAAAUAACCAUCUAGUUCUCAUUGUCAUCUAACGAAAGGAAAUAAAACCUCUAAGGAUCACCAUUUCUGAAGAGGCUCUUGGAAAUCUUUAUGUCUAAGUGAUUGUAUUAGAUCAGCAAUAAUGAACAUGUAAUCUCAAAAGAUAAAUAAAAUAUUCUUAAAUGGA